GCAUUCCGCGCGAUUUUCACCUCUCAGUCUCAUCGACAGAUGUGAAUCAGUUCAGUCCAGUGAUUGAAACUUCAACCGACGUAAAAAGAGGCAAAAUUAGAAUGCAUCUACAAAUAGAACGGUUUAGUGAUGAAUUGGAGGAUAUGAUGAAAACCAUGUACAAUUAUCCUUUUCGUAAUGGUCUUAUUAAGGUGAAUGGCUUCACGAUGCCAGGAACAUAUGAAAAGUCUGCGGACGCCAUUGAGAACUUCCAAGUUCGCGACGACGAUGUCUGGGCUUGCAGCUUCCCGAAGACCGGCACGACUUGGAUGCAGGAAAUGGUUUGGUGCAUCGCGAAUGAUCUGGAUUACGAACGAGGAAAGGUUCCUCUGACGGAAAGGUUUCCCCACUUGGAUCUUUCGACGCGUGCCGACUUCUCCGCCAUAGUGAAAGCCAAUCCUGAAAUUCACAUACCCAGAGAAAUGGUUGACAGUAUCAAUUACACAGCCAAUUUACCCAGUCCGCGAUUCAUCAAGACCCAUCUACCGUUCAAUCUUCUUCCGCGGCAGUUCCGAACCGGGGAGAAAAGGCCAAAAAUUAUUUACAUCGUUCGCAACGCCAAGGAUACUUGCAUCUCUUACUAUCAUUUCACUAGAAUCUUGGAAGGUCUGCAAGGGAGCUUCGAGGACUGGUGUAAUCUCUUUCUCCAAGAUGCUGUGAUGUACGGACCAUUCUGGAAGCAUGCGCUUGGUUACUGGGAGAAGAGAGUCGAAAAGAAUCUGCUGUUCUUGAAGUAUGAGGACAUGAAACAGGAUUUACCGAUGAUAAUAAAGAAGACUGCGACGUUCCUCGGGAAGAAUUUGACCACCGAUCAGUUGUCGUCCCUGACCGAGCACUUGAGUUUCGAGAACAUGAAAGCAAAUCCAGCGGUGAACAACGAACAUUUGAUUUAUGGAAUUAAGAAAUUGACGCAAUCGAAAGUCGAUGGAAAAUUCAUGAGGAAUGGUGAGAUGAACCAAUGGAAAUCCGAGAUGAGUCCGGAUAUCAUCGAACGAUUCGACCAGUGGACGCGAGAAAAUUUGAAGGGAACUCGUCUGUACUUUUAAAGAGAAUGUAGCGUACAAUAGCUUUAAGUAACAUCGUAAAAAAGUCCGUCAACACGGCAAAGCGUGACUAGCGCAUCUGGUUAUUGAAUGUAUGAUACUUUGUACAAUGUGUAAGAAAAUAAAAUAUUAUGG